GUGCUUUUGAAAUACAUCCAAGAAGAGAAUGUUCGUACCAAUAAAAUCCUCGAGUUUCACCAUCCUGCAGAAAUGCUUCAACUCAUCGAUCUUUCAAUUCCAGAAAAGGCGGAGGAUCUACAGCACCUCGUAAAGAUUGAGGAUAUCUCAUGCGGUCUUGAUCUGGUUUCUAUGGCUGGAGAAUGGUUGACUGCAACAGCGAAUACAAAC